UCCCCUCGGAAAACACUACACUUCUGCAAUCAUGGCGGGUCCGUAUCCUGAAAUAGUCCGUGGACAAGUUUUCGACGUUGCUCCCCGUUAUACAAACUUGAAUUACAUCGGGGAAGGAGCAUACGGCAUGGUUUGUUCUGCUAUGGACAACCAUUUGGGGCAACGAGUUGCGAUCAAGAAAAUCAGCCCGUUCGAGCAUCAGACAUACUGUCAGAGAACCCUGAGAGAGAUCAAAAUAUUGACGAGGUUCAAGCAUGAAAACAUCAUUAAUAUUAUGGACAUCAUCCGAGCACCGGACUUAAAUCAGCUGAAAGACGUUUAUAUUGUGCAAACAUUGAUGGAAACAGACUUGUACAAGCUGCUGAAGUCACAGAGGCUAAGUAACGACCAUACAUGCUACUUCCUGUAUCAAAUACUCAGAGGGUUGAAGUACAUUCACUCUGCAAAUGUUCUGCACCGGGAUUUAAAGCCAAGCAACUUGCUUCUGAAUACGACAUGUGAUCUGAAGAUCUGUGAUUUUGGCUUGGCAAGGGUCGCUGAUCCAGAACAUGACCACACAGGAAUCUUGACAGAGUAUGUUGCCACAAGAUGGUAUCGAGCCCCUGAAAUCAUGCUCAAUUCCAAAGGCUAUUCAAAGGCUAUUGACGUUUGGUCGGUUGGGUGUAUUUUAGCGGAGAUGCUCUCAAAUAAACCACUUUUCCCAGGAAAACAUUAUUUGGACCAAUUGAAUCACAUAUUAGGGGUCCUUGGCUCACCGACUUUGGAAGAUUUGCAGUGCAUCAAAAACGACAAGGCGAGAAGUUACAUUCAAGCGUUACCCACCAAACCAAAGAUUCCUUGGAGCAGAAUCUUCCCAAAUGCUAAUCCCAAAGCUCUGGAUCUUCUUGGUAAAAUGUUGUCGUUCAAUCCAAACAAGAGGUUUUCAGUUGAGGAAUGCUUGGCUCAUCCGUACCUCGAACAGUAUUAUGACCCCACCGAUGAACCAAUCGCUGAGCAGCCUUUCAGAUUUGAAACGGAGCUUGAUAACCUUCCAAAAGAAGAGCUCAAAGAACUGAUCUAUGCUGAAACAGCUAACUUUAUGGUGAAGUAAAAGCAUCAUUAAUAUACACUUCACCGUAUAUUUAGAAUAAAAAUAAAUGUAUUAUACAAAAUUUAAUACAGCCAUUGAAACCGCAUCAUAUGUAACGCUAGAAUGGGUUUACAAAUUCGCCCAGAAUAGCAUAUGAUAGUUCACAGUUUAUAAUUUAACCUAGUAGAUCUCAAUCCUAUGUCUAAUUUAAAAAUUAUUAACUAUAGCCUUAUCAUUAUCGCUAGUUUUUGAAUAUUUUUUUGCAUUCACAGUUUUUUUUCGGUGUGAACUUUAGAACUAUCAAACGGUUCUUGUGUCAGAAAUUAUACGUUUAAGUAUAGUGUCAAGUAUCUGGCUUGGUGUUAGGAAAAACGUUUGAAAAGAAUAUUUCGAAAGGAGUUAUUAUUAUUAUAAAUCAAAUCAAAAUAUCAAAUCGAAAUAUCUUUUGAGAAAUUCGCAUUAUUUUAACAGAAAAAUCGUUCUUGCUAAAAAUGUUUGCGGCCCAAACAUAAACGUUUUGGGUCGUUUUUUAUAACCCCCAUUUGGUUUACUUGGAUGAACUACUUCAAUUCACUGAACAAGACGUGGAAUGGCUUUGUCUGGUCUCGUAAAGACUUUCCGUACCUCGAAGGCAGUUCACGUCUUGUUUGGUCUAUGAUGAGGUUUUCAUUUGUGGAAUUGCAUGCAAUAUUGCUAGAAGCUUUGCCUUGCAGACUUCGUGAGUCGUAUUUUUCAUGAAGUUUUUUAAGACAAUCUGCAAUGUCGGUUAUAAAUAUAUAUACCGCAUCUUGAAUUCUCAUAUGAUAUGUAAAUUGAAUAAGUCUCAGUAAUGUAGAUUAGAAAAUUAGUCUGUUAAUUCGUAGGAAUAAUUUGUACCACGUUUAUAUGAUGAUUUGUAAAUCGUCAAUAUAUAAAAACGUCGCGUUU